AUGUCACUUAUUUAAUUAAAGUUAAGUUUGUUUAACUAAAUUGAGUCAAACGUUAGUCACUUCCAGUUCUAGCCUCAAAAGUCAAAACUACUAAAGUAGUGUGAAUUUUUCUAAUUUAUAACUACAAAAAUGGUUUAAGUGAAAGCAAGUGAUGUGAACCGCUCGAACGCCUUGUUCGCCCCCUUAUUUACCUUAAAUUAAGUUCAAUGGGGGCAAAUUGAUGUGAACGUCGAGAAUGCCUCGCUCACCCCCUCGCAAACGUCGGCGUUCACCCCCACGCCCCCUCUCAUCCUACGCCUCUUCCCUAGCCCCCUUCCUCGCCCACUACGCUAACAUCACCAACCCCCGCGACUUCUGGAAAUUCCACUCAAAAUACUCCUCACUGGGCAAAACCGACCGGAGCAAAAUCCUCAAUCUCACAUUCACCGAUAAUUGUCUCUACGACAAACUCCCAGUUCGGGUCCCCCAUGAAGACUUCAACGACUUCCUCAUCGCAAUCCGCGUGUAUCAGGACUUCCAACAGAAGUCCAAAUUUGCAAAACUGCGUAAACUGCGACAGGGGCAAAGCGAGCUUCCAAUUGCGGGGUACAAACGCGAGAUUUUGGACAAGUUGGGGGGCUGUCGGGUUAUGUUAAUCGCCGGGGACACCGGCUGUGGGAAAAGUACACAAGUCCCCCAGUUUGUGUACGAGGGGGGCUAUCGGAAGAUCGUGUGCACACAACCACGAAGAAUUGCGUGUGUGUCGUUAGCGAAAAGGGUGGCGCAUGAGACUUUGACCGAUUUUAAGACAACAGUGGGGUACCAAAUCCGGUUCGAGAGGAGUAAAAGGGCUGAUACUUGUAUAGUCUUCAUGACGGAGGGGCUAUUACUGAGACAAGCCCAAGAAGAGACUUUAAACACCUACGAUGUUAUUAUUUUGGAUGAAGUGCAUGAAAGACACCUCCAUGGGGAUUUUCUAGUGGGGAUCAUGAAAUGUCUCCUGUAUAAAAGAGACAACUUUAAGUUGAUUUUAAUGUCGGCGACGAUAAAUCUCGAAUUGUUUACGAAUUAUUUCAAACGUGAGAAACUCGAAGUUGUACGAGUCCCCGGUCGGCUAUUUCCGAUCGAAAUCGUGUAUAAGCCGAUCAUUAGCGACCCCUAUGAGCGCAAACGGGAAAAACUCGACUGUACUCCUUACUUGCAAAUCAUCCAAAUGAUUGAUCAGAAAUACCAACCUAACCAAAAAGGUGACUUAUUGAUUUUCCUAAAUGGCUAUAGUGAAAUUUCGACACUAGCCGAUGCAGUGAUUGAGUAUAGCCAACUUAAGAAAAACUGGAUUGUGCUCCAACUUCACUCAAGUCUAAGUCUCGAAGAACAGGAUAAAGUCUUUGAUUAUCCUCCAGAGGGCGUCCGUAAAUGCAUAAUAAGUACGAAUAUAGCCGAAACAUCUGUCACAAUAGACGGAAUUAGAUUCGUUAUAGAUUCGGGGAAAGUCAACCGAAUGACAUAUCACACCUCUGGUGGGGUCAAUAAACUCACCGAAACAACAAUAUCCCAAGAUAGUGCUAAACAACGUGCUGGAAGAGCCGGUAGAACAGGUCCCGGUAUUUGCUAUCGCCUCUACUCUGAAGAAGACUUCAAAAACUUCGAAACUUUCACACCGGCUGAAAUCCAUCUUGUCCCCUUAGACACACUUUUACUACACAUGAUUUCGUUGGGAUUGACCGACUUGAACCACUUCCCUUUCUUGGAAAAACCCAGCGAGAGGAGUAUCGAAGAAGGCGUGGAAAAAUUGAAAUUCACUGGGGCUUUAGAAUUGCAAACUGAUUGUCUUUUGUUGACGCCGCUAGGGGACGCUUUGGGACAAUUACCGGUGGAUUUAAGCAUCGGUAAAAUGCUGGUUUUGAGUACUGUUUUUGGUAAUGUCAAUGCUGUUCUUGCGGUGGCAGCCCUGCUUAGUAUCCAAUCACCGUUGACACAAAACGCUUAUCGGAAUAGUGAAGCACAGGAAUUACGUCGAGUCUUGGAUUCGAAUCAUGGUGACCCGAUUUCGUUGCUUAAUUAUUACAAAGAGUGGUUGUCGGUAAAACAGAGUUCUGUACCGAUGGUCAAGUCCAAGGGCGAGUCGUCGAAGGUGUGGGCACGGAAGAGGUGUCUCGAAGAGCAGAGGUUUUACGAGGCUACUAAAUUACUAGAACAAUUUCGGGAUAUUUUAAACGAGGCUAAUCUCUUAUCAAAAGUCGCCUCACAAGACUUAUCAAGUGAGCAACGUGCUAUGAGACACGGUGAACUAAAACAGUUGAAAUCACUGAGAUACAAACUAAAAAAUGAGAAAAAGUCCGAGAGGAAACAAUUGAAAUAUGAGAUUUUUGAGGAGAAAGACGAGGAGGAAAAGACUGAUUUGAGAGAUGUUGAGUUUCGGAUAACGAAUGAUUUUACUCGAUUACAAAAAUUGUUAAAUGAAGCGUCAGCUGAUAGUUACAAAGACUUGAUUUUGUUGAAAUUGAUACUGACGAGUGGGUUGUACCCCCAGAUUGCCGUCGAGGAUGAGUUUAAUUCGAGUAAAACUGUAUCUGAACGGUUGUACCACACUAAAAACAAAAAUUAUGUGUUUUUGCGCCCUUUGAGUUACUUUGCGACCAAUCCGGAGGUGCUAGAGUUGCAUAAUGAUGAUAUAGAGGUGCCCCCUCCUGGCUAUUUCAGUAAACGACCAAUAAGCAAAAAACACCAAUUGUUGGUGUAUCAAACUAUUCUUGAGACAAAAAAAGUCUAUCUUGUUAACACAAUGCGAAUGCCUGCGAUCCAAACUUUGAUACUUUUUAGUAAAACAAUUGCGAGUAACAAAACUUUGACCAAGUUUGUUUUUGAUGAUUUUUUACUCCUCGAUGUGCCAUUUUACGGCCAAGGGAAGACAUUGUUAAUGCGAGGGUUGAAAUUGAGACACAAAUGGAAACGUGAGCUUGAAUCGAAACUAAAAGACCCUUCGCAAGAUUUUAACAAAAAAGAAAUCUUUUAUUUUAUCGACGAUUUGGUCAAUUUUGUCAAUACUGAUGUCAGUUAUAACAUAAAAAGAUUACUUCCGGCCGAUUUGAAAGAAAUCUACACGCGGGAGUCAGGUGGGGUUGAAACGACCGAGAAAAACCCCUUUGAGGAGUCUUAUAAAAUUGUUUCAAAUGAUGUGUUAGGGGGUGUUCAAGUGACUGAAAAUUUCACAUAUGGGUGUUUGUUGCAAGAGGAAUGGGCGUGUGAGAUUGAACAAAGGGUCGAAAUGGCCCCAUUUGAGUGUCAGUAUUGUAAAUCAACGAAAAUGGGGCUAUCGGUGUUUAAAACAAUACAACAUGAAGAGUUUUGUCGGCCGGUGAAAAACAGGCCUGAAGUGGAAAAAGUUGUAGUUAAGGCCAACUCGAAGGUGUUUCAUUGUGAUAAGUGUGGAAAGGACUUGGUUUUAACUCCGGUUGAGAUUUUGAGACACAAAAAAACGUGUAAUUAGGGGACUGUGUCCAAGUGUAUAAAUUGUAAGAAAUAAAUUUUAAGAUUAUA